AUUCUGACGUGGCUACGCGAUCGUUUGCAACACGCACACACUACAAUAACGUACUAAUGUAAUCGUUUUUUUUUUCUACAUAUCGCCUCUCUACUCUACCUGUUAAUAACGAAUCUGUUUACAUUUCAAAGUGUUAUCAUCAUUACAGUGUAACUCGGUAUAAUUCGUGGCAUUUUUUUUCAACCUUCGGUGUGUUUUUUAGUGUUUCUUUUGUUUUAAAUUCUCUCGCCUAAGUUGCGCGAAAAAAAAUUUCACUGGUGAAAUAAAAUUCAAAUUUGAUGCGAUAAAAAUUGUAUUGAUUUUCCUUAUCGCGUAACUUGUUACGCUUUUAACGAUACCGUGUUUACUGAAAUAUUGCUACGUAGUGUAAACGACUACAUUCUACGUCAUUGUAGGGUGAAACGAUGUGAUAAAAACUUAACAAGUUACGAUAUUCGUUACAAAACAGAUAAUGGACGUGAUCAAAGAAGAAAAUAAUAAUAAUGCCGCAAGUGACACUUCGAUGUAUUCUACAGCCAAUACUACCAAUUCCAUUCCUCUCACUUCUAUGUCAUCAGUGAUACAUGCAAAUCAGCAAUCGGUUAUCCAAACAGCUUCUCCAACUAUUCAAACUCCAGUACUAUCAAAAGGUAAUGUAAUUCUGGUCAGUAACAAACUCGGAUCUGUGAUUCAAGCACCGCAUGGAAAUUUACAACCUUUACAUUUGGUAGAUUCAAAAAGCGAUAUGGAUGAAAGUAUAUCACCUGACGAAGAAUCUGUGAAGAAAAGAAGAGAAAAGCUCAUUCGAAGGCCUUCGUAUCGAAAAAUUCUUAACGAUAUAGCCAGAGCAGAGCUCGGAUGUGCAAAAAUGGAAUCAUCGGGGUCUGAUUGUGAUUCUAAUGUGGAUAAUGACGUGCCUGUUUCUUCUGUGCCAGAUAGUGGUCACUAUCAGUCAGUUUUACCUAGUGGUCAUUUGCAAUUAUCUAGUCAAUGUGGAAAUGUACAAGGGUUACCAACAAUUAUGUCAAAUUCCAAUUCAGGCUCAUUAAUACAAUAUUCAAAUCAAGAAGGACAAUAUUUCAUGCCAAAUGAUAUAGUAGUUACUCAGAAUUCUGGUAAUGUUAGUAUUAAUAGUGUAAUUACCGAAGAUCAAGUCAGAAAACGAGAAUUGCGAUUGUUAAAGAACAGAGAAGCAGCCCGCGAAUGCAGACGAAAAAAGAAAGAAUAUAUAAAAUGUUUGGAAAACAGGGUGGCAGUUUUAGAAAAUCAAAAUAAAGCGCUUAUCGAAGAGCUCAAAUCAUUAAAAGAACUUUACUGUCAACAGAAACCGGAGUGAUUUAAUUUUUCUAUUUUUACCAUUUUGUACAAAUAUUCAAGUUGUUAUAUUUAUAUUAUGUAAGUUAUUUUGUGUACGGCGUAACUUUCAAACUGUGUUAUUUUUCAAUGAAGUUCAUUUCAUUUAAAACGAAACUGUUUAUAAAUAGCAUACCUAGAUAGAUAAAAUUUCGACAACAUAUUUUUCAUAUUUCAAUGUGGCAGAACAUUCUAACAUUUUUUUUUUUUUUCAAUUCAAAUUUUUAAAACAUAUUUUAUAAUAAUUUUUACUGUUACAUGGUACUUGGCUGUGUUAGUACAUAAUAGUUGAUGUUUUUCAACAUGUAUCAAGGUAGAAAACCUCCGUAAGGAGUGUAUUUCAGCGAUAACAUUCUACAAAACGCAGUUACCUUAUUUUAAAAUAUUGUACAGAUUGUAAUAAAAUCAUUGUGAUCCAGAUUAAUAUUUCAGUGUUUUCAUGUUCUAAGUACAUUCUUAAGUUUUGUUGGA